CCUUUGAAUUUGACCAUCUUAAGCUAGGUUAUUUCCCUUCGCCAGUUUCCCUAUCUGAAGCAGGAGAGGAGCAUUAGCUGCAUCCACUUUAGUCACCCUGUGGAUGUCCAGAAUAUUCUCACUUUUUCUAAAAGUAUCGCAAUUCGGUUCUAGACCCUGUUACCCUCAGCUUGCACAAAAACAUCCGUACAUUAUUUGCAAACCAGCACCUUGUUACAAUAUAAAAAAGCAUACAGUAUUGUCCCUGGGUUCCCCCUUUAGGGAAACGUGACCAAUUCACUGAAGGCCAACAGAGAAUACUGCAGCAUCUGCUCCAGUGCUGGGAAAGGCGUAACCAAAUAUUUUUGGUUGGAGGGGAGGCUUAUGCCUUUAAAGACCUCCUGCCUCCAUCAUCUUCCCCACAUGAUCCCCAAGGAGUGUCUUUGCAGAGGACCUUUGGUCUUUUAUUUCUUUCCAGCUAAUGGGUGGUUGGAAAGGGCUUGCGCUGUCUGCCCAUCUGCAGGACAACACUCCCAAAAGUGAAUAGAAUGGGACCAAAUGUGUGGAGGAAGAAGCCAGCAAAAGAAAGACUGAGUUUGAACAUGGGCUGAACCUGGCUGGGGACUGUGGAGAAAAAACGUUCCCCGAUGCAACCCGUGGGAGAGCUUUUCCUGGAUGAUGCCAAAGUCAAGAACUUCAUCACCUGUUUCAAAGACAAGCAGUUCCUGGUCUUCUUUUUCCAGCGGCUGAAGCUGAACCAGAGCGGGCGCUACGAGGACUCCUUCCCUUACCUGUCGCCCUGCGGCCGGGAGCACAACUACGUCCGCUGCGAUGACCGGCCCGUGGUCUUCACCCACCUCUUGGAAGGGCCGUCGGACCAGCAGCUGCUGUCCUUCUGCGGGGGCGCGGACCAGUUGGCCGUGCCCUUCCACCCCGAGAAGCUGAUCAUCCUGCCGGAGAACGGGCCCGUCAAACACCCGGGGCCAGAAAGGGCUGGGGGGGUGGGGCUGGUGAAGUCAGCCUUGGCCUUUGAGCUGAGCCCUUGCUUCGAGUACCAAGAGGGGCCCAGCCAGCCGCCCACCCAUUUCCACUGGCAGGAGAAGAGGUUCGCGCUCACAAACGAGCUCCUGCAGUUGAUCUGAGGCCGGCCCGGGAAGCAACACAGCCAACGCCUGGAGGUCUUCAGGGAUUGCCCACUUGGGAAUCCUUGCCUUGGCGGCGGCAAGAACAACAGAGGGGCACCUCCUGCCCUGCCAGGUGCCUUGUCUAUCCAAGCAGACAUUCCCAAGAAGAUGCCAGAAAGCUUCUGUCCAAAGCCCCAUUACGGGAAGGACCUUGGACGGUCUCUGGAAAUAAAGCCGUUUCACGGUUUGUGCUCAGGACUGGUCAGUAUUCAGGCCGUGGCGUGACUGAGUGCAGGGCCUUUCCCUUUCUUCAGCUUGCUCCAUGGACGACCAAAGCCAGACUUUGCUUAGCAGCAGGAAACGUCAGGGGCCCCAGGCUGACGAGCAGAUUCCUCAAAUGCAGGCUUUGGUUGUGUGGAGCGGCCCUGGGAUCAGUCCUUUAGCUUGGACUCUCCUGAACUAACUCACUGUAAAAGCAGUAAGGGCUGUUUAACAAAGAAAGGGAGACUCCUUUCCUAGAACUAUUUAAGCAGAGUCAGAGAUCUGUAAGGGCAGAUUCCUGCAUUGGGCAGGGGUUGGAGUAGGUGAUCUCCAAGCGCCAACCUUUAUGUCCUAUGAAUCCAUGUCUCUAUGAAGAGAAAUACUGGAGAAGCAGACGACGUUUCAGGGCACUUUCCAAAUAAAUCCACCUCAUAUGAAAA